AUCACAAAGGAUCCUCAAUGUGGAUCGUCAAUCCUUACUUUUUUCCCCAUUUGAAGUGAAAUAGUGACCUAAAUGAACAUAAAAUUGGCAAAAAUGCCAAAACGCCGAGCGGAAGAGACUCCGGAGGUCGGCAGACUGGUGGACUCGAGCCAGGCGGAUGACAGGCGGAUGAUACAGCUGGUGCGCGAGCGCAGGCUUCUGUACGCCAGGAACAACAUGCCGGUGGCUUCCUACUAUAGCCAGGUGAAGCAGUUGUGGCAAGAGGUGGCGGACCAUAUGGGGUGGACUGUGGCCGACGUUCGUCGCAAGUGGUCCCACAUCCGCAACUCGUACUCCCGUCACCUCAGGAACGAGGUCAGCGGCGCCGUGACGGGCCGAGGCCGGAUGGUCUCGAGGUGGUACCUGGCUGAUGAGCUGGACUUCCUUAGAGACCACAUGGCGACUGACGUGCGGCCAUCUCCCUGGGCCCCGACCUACCCCGACGCCGAAGGCAGCUCCAGCGACCACGUGGACAUCAAGCCCUUCAUGUCCAGCCCUUGGCUGGCCCUGGGCCAGAAGUUCGAGGUCAAGCCCGAACCUAAUGAGGACUCAUCCUCCUCCCUAUCCUUCGGGCCUGACGACACCUGCUCAUACUUCCAGUUCUUCAAAGGAAUUUAUAAUGACUACCAAGAAUUGCCUCUGAAAAAACGAAGACUCUUUAAAAGACAAUGUUUGAACUUACUCCAUGAGUUGUUAGAUGAUGAAGAAGGUCCGAUAGUGAUUCCUGAGUGUGUUCAGAGUGAGGAUCCUGUAAAUUUGUCGACGGGGGACGAUGAGGACGAAAGGGAGAAGAAGCCUUUUCUUCCUGAAGUUUCUAUCUUGCCCACGAAAUAGUAG